AGGAAAAAAACAAACAGAAGCAGUACCCUCCCGCGGACAGCAACAAGAGUGGCGAGAGGAAGUGAAAAAUUAGGGUUCUUGACAAGAGACCUUGGAGGAGGGAAGACGUUGAGGCGUCUAGGGUUUUCGGCCGUUGAGUAAGAUGAAGGCGAAGGAAUCUUCACUGGGACGAAACGCCCCCUUCCCCAAACGUUGCUAACAGUCGAGAAAUAUGGGCAUAUAUAUCAUCCGAAAUCCGCAUCUGGGAGCAAUAGUUCCAUCUCUAGCCGCCGGUCCACCUUGGAGCUAUACUUUCACUACUUUCCAGCCUGCUGUAUGCCCUCUUCCUCCUUUCCCACCAGUCUAAACUGGAAGACCCUCGUUAAAAUCCUAAAACCUGUGGGAAACCUGUAGCGCAUGACAGCACCGGACGAGAAAUUUUAAGGCAUUUGGGUAUUGACCUGAACAAGUAAAGAGGCCCUGCAGCUACAAUUUGAUCAAUAUUUGAAUCAAUGGCUCGAUUCCGAAAUAGAAAGAAGAAGGUAUUUAUAAAGCCAGCGGUGACAAAAAAACAACAAAAUGUUGAUCAUAUCACUGGAGAUAAGAUACCAAAAAAUUUUGUGUUUUCAAGGUCAAAACUGCCUGGGCCUCUCAGGCAAUUGGAAAUGGACUUGAGGAAGUUGAUGCUUCCAUUUACUGCUCUAAAGCUAAAGGAGAAGAAACGAAAUACUCUCAAGGACUUCUUGAAUGUUGCAGGGCCUAUGGGUGUGACACAUUUUCUCAUACUGUCAAAAACCAGUUCUGCACCCUACCUGAGGGUUGCAAGGACUCCACAAGGCCCUACUCUCACUUUUAAGAUACAUGAGUACUCAUUGGCAGUUGACAUUGCUCAAUCCCAAUUGCAUCCAAGAUGCCCUAAAGAUCUCUUCAAAAAUCCACCCCUGAUUGUCCUUUCUGGUUUUGGGACUGGUGAACAGCAUCUAAAGCUUACUACUAUUAUGUUUCAGAACAUUUUUCCUGCCAUUGAUAUUAACACUGUUAACUUAUCAUCAUGCCAGAGAAUUGUUCUACUUAAUUACAAUAAAGAGACAAAGGUUAUUGAUUUUCGGCAUUAUUCCAUCAGAUUACAGCCUAUUGGUGUAUCCCGUAGAAUUAGGAAAUUUGUGCAGAACCAUCAGGUCCCUGAUUUAAGGAAUCUUCAAGAUGUCAGCGACUUUGUUACAAAGGCUGGUUAUGGAUCAGAAAGUGAAGCAGAUGAUGAAGCAGCAACUGUUACUCUAGCAAGUGAUCUUGGUAGAGUUAACCGAGCUUCCGCAAAAAGUGCUGUCAAGCUGCAAGAGAUGGGUCCUAGAAUGACUCUACAAUUAAUUAAAAUCGAGGAAGGAUUGUGCUCUGGUGGAGUCAUCUUCAGCGAAAGCGGAAAUCAAGGUGAAAAGAAUAAGCAGGAUAAGGAAGAGGAUAAUAAACAAGACAGUGAAGGGGAGGACAGUGAAGAAGGUGAGGAUGGUGAAGAAAGUGAAGAUUUGGAGGAAGAUUAAUCCUAGGAUUGGCUAUGAAUCAAUCUAGCAUCAGGAUCACAGGUGGCAAAAGCAAGGUGUGAGGAUCUAGGCUGGUUUCAUUGUUCCUGUAGUCUAUUGCGUGGUAUGGCAUUUGAGAUGCCUAUCUUUGGGAGAUGCACGAAAGUUUUGUCCUUUUUUUAUCCUUCUACUAAUCAUUGUUUUGUUUGAAACUCAUUGGGUACAGACGCUCCUAAGUUUUGCCAUAAGUAUAACUAACUAUGUGUGAUUUGAAAUCUGAGAAGAAUCCAGUCAUACCUUGAGAUUUUUUGUAAAUAACAUAGCAUCCCGUGUACUUCCAGAAAUAGUUAGAUACUUUCUUACUUUAUAAAGUAAGGAAUUUCUUUGCUUUUA